CCAGGCCCAGAGCUUCAGUAUACUGACGGUCGAACCACGGGAAGCUCGUAUCUCGGGCCGCGUAACGGGACGCUGAAAUACGUGAAAUACCUCGAUCUGCUAAUAAAACUGACGUGAAUAAACCUUGUAUAUAAAACAAUAGUAAUCAAUAUUAAAAAAAAAUAGAUUAAUUAAGAAAAUAUGUUUGUGUUAUAACAAUUAAAACGUCGCCAGUGCAUAUCGCUGCGCAUCGAUCAGCACUAUGGCCCGUACGACGGCAACCAACUCUUCCGUCCUCGGCAGCUUCAGUGGCACCACUGCCACUACCGCCAGCACCGCCACCAGCAAUGUGAUCGGCGUCGGCAAACCCACCAACGGCAACAAGCGACCACCUAUCAUUAUUUAUCCAACAGUGACGCCCGAGUCGAUAGUGGUGCCAAUUGUGUCCUGUAUAUUUGGCUUUCCAUUGUUGGCGCUAACAGUUAUAUGCUGUUUGCGAAGAAGAGCAAAAUUAGCCAGGGAGAGAGCACGCAGACGUAACUGCGAGCUGGACCGCGGCGAGCUGUCGGUGGUGAGGCUCUCCCCAAUGAAGAACCGGCCUCGUGCAGUCAGCCUCAUCAGGUCGCCUCGACCGCCGCCUAAUCUGGAACUGGACACUGUGCUGGAAGAACGUUCCGACCCCGAACAGACCACAAUGUCACAAGUUGAAAUCACACCAGACAGAGAAGUGGGGACUAUUCUGUUCAGCGCGAUGGGAGCAGUGGGCAGCGUUGCGGUGUCCGCGGCGGCCUGCGCUCGCGACAGCUAGCGGCGGGGCUCAGCGCAGCUCGGGGCGCGCUCGCCGCUCUGGGCUGCGCUGACCAGCCAACCCCUCGACGAUGACGCGGAAGAUGUCGCCGAGAGCGAGGACAGCUAGCAGAUAGCCGACGAUAACACGAUCGCCGACAUCGGUGAACGAAUGAAACUAUUCCUGGACAUUCCACUUCGAUUCUAAACGAAGUUUUAUAACCUAAAUUAAAAACUAUUGUAGAUAAAAUUUUAAAUUGUGUUACAACAAAGUUAAACAAUGUCUAUUGUUGUGAUCAUCCUGUUAAUUAAAUGUAAAAAUGUUGAUUAUACGAUUAUAAAUAAAGGUGAAGUAAACGUCGAUAUAAAUAGAAAGACGAAGAAAGAGAUAAAAUCUGUAUAAAGACACAUCAUACAGACUAAAUAAUUACAGUAAAGUCAUGCAGCGUAGACACAAAAUGUCCCAUGAUGUGAUUCCAAAAAGGUGAUCCCGAAAAUGCUUUGUCCCUAAUGACGUCAUGCUAUAUCUAGCGCUGGUCUUCCGUGAAGUGUUAAAAAUAUGACGAUUACACAUCGCAUAGUUAUUCGCACUUACUUAUACGACAAUCUAUUUACUACUAGACUGUGCCUACUACUUUUAAUACUAAUAAACUAAUAGAAACUAUUUGUGUAAAUACUUAAAUAGUAUUAAUAACCCAACAACAUUACAUAACAAAGGGCCUCAGUAAAUGGAAUAUAUCGUGUAGCCAAUACUUACGAAAAGUAAUAACUUGACCAAUACGAGUAACGGAAUGAUAUCUCGCCACAGGGUUCCAUUGUUGUUAAAGCUUUCUAUUGAUGAAGUCCCAUUAUAUUCAGAGAUUUGCUCGAUUUUGAAUUGAGAGACUUAAUAAUACUUUGAAAAGUAUUCAUUUCCUAUACAAAAGUUUUAAUUGAUAUAUUUAAUUAAAAAAGUUCAUAAAGAUUUAAACUCACUAUAGAAAUCCUAAAUACGUAUUAGGACUAUCAUAGUGAUCCUAUAAAGCACAGAUUAAAAAAUAAUAGGUAGAUAGAAGCAUGAAACACGACAGUGUCAUAGCCGGUCCAAAUACAAAAUUCAAAAACGAAUACAUUCUCGAGUCAGUACGACACGAAGCGUCGCAUCAGUAAUUUCAAUAUUAUUCAAGAAAAAUGCCAUCUUAUGUUUUUAAAUAUUGAUUUUUUAUUAGUUGAUUGAUUAAUCGAUUAAUUUACGAAAUUGUUGUUAGUGUUAAAUUUUUAAAUACAAAUUAUGAAUAAAGUUUGUAUAUGCGGAUGUCAAGGAGACGCGUGACGUUUGUUAUUUUUAUGGGUUUCACAAGCUACACCACGCUGCUUGUAAAGGCUCAUUCUGGGUCAUUAUUUAUUAUGUGCUAUAAAGUAUAAAUUAUAAUUGCUAGUUAGCUAGAAGCCUUUAAUAAUAAUUUUUUAUUGCUUUAGGUCUUGUCUUAGAAUUUGUUUGUUUGUUUGUUGGAUUAUAAUUACCAAUUGUUAUAUAUUCAGAAAAUAAUUAUCAACAAGAUAUUAUUGUAAAAAUAUACGCAAUUAUAUGCACGAAUUUGCUUAUAGAAGUAACUAUACUGAGCUGUAAGUAGACGAAUUAACGAAAUGUAAGUAGAAGACUAAAGUUACUUAAUACUAAGAUGUACUUUUCUACACAUGGCCGACCUAUGCGAAGGCUAACUAGACUUGAUGUGAACUAGAUUUUAAGGAGACCAAUAAAACUAACUUCAACAUAUCCCUGCAAAUUAGGCGCAAUAACUACCAAAGGCUUUUGUAUACUGUUUUUAUUCCAUUUCAUCUUCAAGACAAAAGUUUCGUACCUACGUAAGUCAUGUUUUUCUUUCCGAUUUCUUUGUUUCAAGCCUGUCAUGUCAUGUUGUCGGGCAGGGACUUAUAACGUCUUUUAGACAGUUUAUGUUCAUAAACAACAAUUAUUAGAAUAAACCAGCUCCUUAUUAAAAAACACAAUUAUUAAAAAUAUUUAUCUCUGUUAAUAAUUGUAUGAAAAGUAGUUACCUAUCUUACUUUUAGUAAAUUUCAUUUUUACUUAAAAUUUGUAUACAACAUAAUAUAAUUAACUGUAAAGCUACCAAUAAUGACAACUAUUUUAUUAUAUAUUUGAUUUAUUUACUUAGAGUAACUUUGUUAACUUAGUAAAAUUUAAUAACUGUUGUCGUUAUAAUAGUCUGGUUAUAUUUCAUACGAUCUCAAUAUCUAUUUUUAAGUUGUUUUACACA